AUGUCGCGCGCUGUCGUUCGUCACUCCAGGCUCCUCGCCAAUGCGCUCGCGCCAGCUGCGCGAGGAGGGGGAACGGCGGCGCCAUCCAUCGCAGCGGUGGACGCCGCUCGUCCCAUCACCACCAACGCCCCCAUCACCGCCACCGCCACCGCGCCUGCCAGCGCCACUGCGCCCUCCGCCGCUGCGGCGGCGGCAGCGCCCGCGCUGGGAGGGGCGGCAGGGGCGUUCGUGGACGUGCCCACCUCGCAGAUCCGGCGGAUCAUCGCGCAGCGGCUGAUGGAGUCCAAGUGGGGGUCGCCACACCUGUACGCCGAGGCAGAGGCGGACAUCGACGCCACGCUGCAGCUGCGCCGGGAGCUCAAAGACAAGUGGGGCGUGGCGGUGUCGGUGAACGACUUUGUCAUCAAGGCCGUCGCCAUGGCGCUCGCCCACACACCCCACGCCAAUGUGCACUGGGACGGCAAGGCGGGGCGAGUGGUGAGCAACAGCAGUGUCGACAUCUCCAUCGCCGUCGCCACUGACAAGGGACUCAUCACGCCCAUUCUAAAAGAUGCGGACAAGAAGUCGCUCGGAGCUAUCUCCAAGGAGGUGAAGCAGCUGGUGGAGAGGGCCAGGGCGGGCAAGCUACAGCCGCAUGAAUUCCAGGGCGGCACCUUCAGCAUAUCGAAUCUGGGCAUGUAUGCGGUGGACCGCUUCUCCGCCAUCAUCAACCCGCCUCAGUCGGGCAUUCUAGCGGUGGGCCGCGCCGACAAGGUGCUGCGCCUGCCCGCUGAGACCUCUGCAGCAGGCGCACAGCUGCACGUGGCCGGCAAGAUGGAGGUCACACUCUCUGCGGAUGCGCGUGCUCUCGAUGGCACCACGGCAG